CUCCCUUGAUAUCUCAGCAGGUACCACAAGUGCUGUGCACAGGAUGCCAGCCCCCGUCGUGAUGGCGGCCGUCGGCGCCGGCGCCGCCGCCGCGCACGGCGCGGUCCUCUUCGUUCCUCCCGUCGCGGCCACCGUCGCGUACGCCCGCUUCCGCUCGAAGCAGGAGGCCGCGGUGGUGCCGUCGUCGGAGGGCGCUGGUCAGCAUUUCAGCCCGCCCAAAACGAGGGCAGGGAAGGGCGUCCACUUCGCUGCCGAUGGUGAGUCGGGCCGCAUCUCCGCGACCGAUCGCAGCGGCCUCCUCCUCACGCCGUGCGGAAGCUUCGCCGCCGCCCUGACUCGCUGCCUGUGCAGUCACGAUGGGAGGCGCACGAGCACGCGGACCAGCCGAGGCUCGGGGCGGAUCACCGAGCUCAUGGACAGCCUCGAGUACCAGAAGUGCCUUGACGACGAAGAGAACCACGACGUGGUCGACCUCGCCGGCCGCCCAGUUGCACAGGCCACGGAAGCGCGCCGGCCACGUUCUGACCUCUUCCGGUCGGUGCUCGGGCGCGACGCGGCACACAUCCGAGUCAUCGGCAGCGGCACUGUCCGGACGCUCUCCUGAGCGCGACGGCAGGGAGCUUAACAGUCUAUACCUCUUCCUAGAGUUUGCGCCAUCGGUGUCUGUGCAUCAGCUGCUCCGCGUCCUCCCCUGUGUUCGAAUGCCUGCCCGUGUGCCCCGUGCGUGCGAGGAGUAAUUUCGUAGUACGUAGACCCCAGGUCCCUGCGCUCGAGGCUCGAGCCGCGUCGCUCGAGAGUUCACUCGCGUGUCACCGGGCGAUACGCGUGGGU